AUGGAUCAAAUAAGCAAUAACAACCAAAAUACUUAUAAUAAUGACAUUUCAAAAUUUUUCAAUACAGAAAAUGAUACAAAAUUAACUAAUAGACAUACUUUAUCAAGUCAACAACUAAAAAAGAAAAGAAAGAGUAAUGUUAGAGCUUGUGAUGCUUGCGCUAUUAGAAAAGUUAAAUGUGAAAAUCAAAGACCUUGUUCUCAUUGUGUUUCAAAUAAUAUUAAAUGUACAUCAAAUAGGGAACGUAAAAAAUCAGGUCCAAAAACACUAUCUAAAAAGACAUUGGAAUCAAUAAAUAGUUUGAGCGAGGUGAUUGAAAUCAACAAUGGGAAUAAUAGUAGUAAUAACAACUUUUCAAAACUGCCUUCAGUUGAAGAAGAAACAACUACUAGUCAAUCACCAUUAUCUAAUCGAUCAUCUAUUGUUCAAUCUAAUACACCACAAGAACUAGAUCAACAACAACAAUCAACUCCAGAAAUAAAUGAUUAUACAGUGACACCAUUUAAUUUAAUUGAAAAUUUGAACUUAAUUAAAGAUGAAAUUGCAAUUUAUGAAUUGAUAAAACCCUUAACUGUCAACAACGUGAUAUUAAAUUACCAAAAAUUGAUUGAUUUUUUACAUAUAAACUAUCCAAACUCAAAAUAUAAAGAAAUCAAUUUAAUAAACCAUCAUAAUGAUUCAUUAUUUUUGAGUACGUUAUUAAUUAUUCUCACUUUAAAUCAAAUUAUAGCUGAAUUAUUAAUCAAAUUAAAAAAACAAAAGUUUAAAAAAUUUGAAAAAUAUCCUAAAAAGUAUUUAAUGUUUAGAGGAUUUAAGAAUUUUAAAAAUCUAUGUCAUUUCAAAGUAUUGGAGAUUUUCACAUUGAUUGAAAAGAAUUUUAUUGUACCUCCAAUUAUACCCCAGAACAGAAUAAAACAACAACAGCAGCAACAAUUGAACUCAUUUAUUCACUUACAUCAUUAUCAAAUAUAUUACAAUUUAUCAUUAGGAUGUUUACAAUUAUGUAAUUAUUAUCAUAUUUUAAAUUUAACAAAUACUUUAAAUUCAACAAGUACAACUAUAUCAAACUAUGGAAAUGAAGCACAAGAACAUCAAAAGAUUUUGUACCUACAUAAAUCAAUUACGUACUUUCGAUUAAUAAAUAUGAGAGAAAAUGCAUUACAAAAUAAUGAGUUGUUAAUUGAGUUGUAUGAUUUAAUUUAUCUGUAUGAGAGAUAUUAUUCAAUAUUCUCAUCACAUAAUUAUAAUCUAAACAUGUCGAGAAACAAUCAAAUAUUGUUACAUUUGAAAUGUGAUAGAUUUAAUUCUUCAAGUGAUAACUUUAUUUACAAUUUGAUGAAAAUAAUAUGCGAAGAUGAAGACAAUUUGAUCAGUGAAUUAUGUUAUCACACAAACUUCAACACUUGUUUGAAUUACAAUAAUCCAAAAGAUGGUUUUUAUAAACUUAGAUCAAAGAUUGAAACUUUGCAACCAUCACAACCAACUGACAGUAUAACUAAAAAUAUCCUAAUAUUUAAAAUCUUGUUACUUAAACCAUUAGAUUUCUUACAAUCUAAAAAUAUACUAUAUGAUAUUAUCACGAACUUAAAUAAUGAAUUAUUGUCCCAGUUUAGUUCAGACUUGUUUAAGAUUCAAAUUUCAAAUUUUCAAUUAUUACAACCUAUGUUACAUAUACUCAAAUUAAUUCUUGAAAUUGAAGCACAAAUGAAGUUUCAAAUGAAUAUUGAAAAUCAAACAAAACUAAUUCAAUAUAGUGAUAACUUGAUUUCACAUUUCCCAUUCUUUAAUAAUAUUAAUAAAUUAAUCAGGGCUCAUAAAGUGCUAAACAACUGGUUUUUAAAUUUAAGUGAAUUAAGAAAACUUGAAACCACAGAGCAGGAAUCAUCAAUACUACCGCCACAACAACAACAGGCAUUAGCCGUUGAGAUUCCAUUACAUACAGGUAUCACACCAAAUCAAUCAUCUUUAAAUCUAUCUGAUAUUUCCUCACAACAUCGUAUUGCAUCAAUUUUUUCAAUGAAUGAUUUGUUAAAAGAUGUGGAUACAAAUAUGUAUCAACAACCAGAAGAAUUAAUUAUGAAUUCAAAAGUUAAUCAUCAAGCAGAUGAUGAAAGUGAUGACGAAAAUGAAGAUGAUGAAGGUGGAUUUUCAAUUAAACCACAACAAGAACAUGGUCAUAAAUUUGUUAAACAUCACCAACCGCCACCCCAACAUCAACAAUUCCAACAGCAUAUACCGCAAGAGUUUAAUAUAUUUAAUAUUCCUACUCCUACUAAUUUAGAUCUGGGAUUGACUAUAAGCGCAAGUACACAAAGUUUUUUAAAAUUAUAUCAAGGUUUUGAAGAUGCUAAUAAUAAUUCAAAUAAUGAUAAUAAUAACAAGAAUCGUAAUAAUUCUGGAUUGUUUCGUUUAUAUCAAUGA